AUGCUCAAUGGGGCGCCAUUGCGCGGAUACCUAAACUUUGACGAUGAUCAGCUCCUGCCAGUCGAGGAGUGCCGUCUUUUUGAUGCUGCAAGCAAUACACUCUCCUCUACUAAUGACUCGACACCAGUCAUCAAAUGGCGUGGUAUCUCGUUCGGACACUCCCGACUUCGAACCGGAUGGUCACAGCCUAUUCUUCCAGAUUGUAGCCCAGGUCGCGAAACGUCAGAUCUUUCGCUUCCCAAUGUGAAAGAAUCCAUUUCAUUUCUACCAGAAGACACAGCCGGUCUGGAGUCCAAGAUCGCCUUCGAAGAUCCCCCAUUGGCCACGAAUAGCUUCCUUGAGCAGUCGCUCAUGUUCCAUGAUACUUUGUUAUCGUCCCAAGUCCUACCCGAUGACAUGACUGAUAAGACUAUCAGCUCGUCAUCCUUCCUGACUACUUCCUUCGGAACUACGGCAUCUGACCUCAGUAGCCCAAGCAAGGUCGGCGAGCAUACUGUGAACAUCCAGGUUCCACCCAAGAUGGCCAUCACACCCCUUGGAUCACUUCCCAGUGCACAGCGCUUGCGAGCGAUCUACCCGCAAACGCCUACGCCAAAUCUCCUAUGCGCUGUGACGGCAACUCCCGAACAGAAAGAAGUCUUUGUGCGGAAAGGUGGAUACAAGAUGAAGCUAUGGGAGAUCAUUGUCGCGGACGAUGCACGCUCAAACUUCAAGGUGACAUUCUGGCUACGUCCACCUCGAGAGUCGAACAACGAGCAAGAUCAUGUUCAAAACUUGCUCCUUCAAACACUCAAGGGCAUCAAAGUUGGCGACAUUCUUCUUCUACGGAACAUUGCGCUGACGUCUUUCGGCGACAACGUUUUUGGCCAAUCUCUGAACCCAACUAUUGCACGUGCACGGACAAGCAUCGACGUCUUGACAAAAAGUGGCGCCGGUUCAUCUGCUCAGCUAGGUGGACUACCCGCGCCAGUAGCUGAGACCCUCAAAAGGGUCAGGAAAUGGGCAAAGAUGCAUAUCGCUUCUGAUACUGCAGGCUCAAGGAAGAGAAAAGGAGGCGCUGCAAAGCAAGGAAGAUACCCGAAACGGACUUGUCAAAGUUUUGAUGUCGAUGAUUCGAUGCCUCCCGAUACCAUGGAAAGUGUAUAA